AUGGACCUGCGCGCGGCGCUCAACGCCGUGGACGGCGACUACGACGACGGUGAGCGCUUGCCUCCAGUCCCCAUCCAGACGGAGACUGUGGACGUGUAUCUGCUGCGGCCCGAGGAGCCGCGCGAGAUCGAGCUCAAGGACUUCACCAUCAUGAAGCCCAAGAACAACAAGAUGCACCGCCUCGUGCGCUUCUACCCGCGCUGCCAGAUCUCGUACCGGGCCACGCUGCCGGCCGAGGAGAAGACGGUCGUGUCCCCCGGAGGCACAGUCACCACCACGAUGCUGCCCGAGCGCCUGCCGCGCCACAACGGAGGCUUCAGCAACCCGAGUCGCAACGCAGAAAUCUUCAGACUCAAGCGGGAGCUGCUGAAGGAGUAUUACGACUCGAUCCAGGACGACGACCGAGAGGCAGCCAUGUUUGACGCGCUCAUUGGCAGAAGUGCGCACCCGGCCAACCCGCCGCCGCAACCCAGCUGGGCUUCUAAUGCAGACUACUACGACGAUCGCUCGGAGCCAAGGACAUACAGUCCUGAACCCGUCCGUGAGCACCGGCCGCUCCCCAAGUACAAGCCCGUGAAGGUGGGGGAUGAAGACUUCGUCCCGUUGACUGGAGACAGGCCUGGGAGUUUGACACUUGAUGAGCGCGUGAAGUAUAUUUCGUCCCUCUGGCCGGGCUUGGCUCCAGUUGAUGAUGACGAGGACAUCAUGGACUAUUAUGGAGUUGAAGUACAGAUCAUCUCGGAGGAGGAGAGAGAAAAGGAGCUGGCUGACGAGAAGGAGGAAAGUAGUUGGCAAGCGCAAGACGACGCGUUGGCACCUGCAGCAGCCGCGGCUGAGCCGGUCAACACUGAGACCGAGAUGAAAGAAGAAGAAGCUGGCGCUAGUAGCUCCGAGACAACGGCACCGUCGUCGCCCGAACUGUCUGUGGAAACGCGGAGUGCAGCACUGCAGAAGCUGAAGGAGGCCGCAGCUGAAGACGACGACGAUAUCAAACCAAAUCCGAUUGCGACGAAGCAGGACGACUGGGUUCAGUGCGAUAAGUGCCAGAAGUGGCGCCGACUGCCGAAUCAAGUGAAUGUGUCGGAGCUGCCGGCCGUUUGGUACUGCAAAAUGAACCGAUGGGACAAGCGCCACAACAAAUGUGCCGCUCCAGAGGAAAAGCUCGUGGUGCUCAUGAAAGGAGCAGAUUUGGUGGAAUACCGCCAGCGCAAGUUCGCGCAGGACUUUAUUCAGCGCUGCAAGCGUUUGGAUAAGCUGUCGCACCACUAUCGGUACACUCACGCCCACGAUGACGACGGCGAGCGGAAGUUUAUUCAGUGCACGGAGUGCCUGAAGCUCCGUCCUCUGAUCGGCGGCAUGGACCCGAACAAGGUGGCUGAGCCCUUUGCGUGUUGGAUGAACUGGGACGAGCUCCUGGCAAGCUGCUCAGCACCUGAGGGUCCCUUGUACCCACGAGUUAAGCUGGAACCACAGCACGUCUCCUUGCCUACACACACCAUGGAGAACGAAUCGAAGGGGAAAAAGACGUCAAACAACAACGACUCCGUUCCAUCCGGACGCGGUGGCAAACCCGGCAAAAAGGGUAAGCGGAAAGCUGCGACGGAGAAGGGCCCGGGAACGAAGAAGACGAAGCGAAAGACAGCAGCAUGA